UGCUAUUCAAGGACGACCUAAUAAAAACAGGAGCAUACACGCUUGAGCAAAAUUCCCGUACAGAUGAUCGUUUUAUUUCAUUCAGCUGAUAGUUGACGAUCGGACAGGUUUAUGCAUUUCAGACAGGCGACAUAAUAACUGGUGUCAACAGAAUAUCUCCAUCCGUUCGACUACGAGAAUCAAUCAAGAAUGAAGUCAAUCGGAGGCUAUCAGAUUCUCUCAGGAGUUUGGGUGUUUUUUCUUUUGCUUUUCAAGCAGACGAUUGCUCUUUCACCAGACGAGAUCGCAGCGUUCGGUGCCAGAACCUUCACCGACACAAACACCGGUCUCCAGGGAACUAUUACGAUCACGGAGUACGAUGAACUUAACUACGUCAUCACGGCCAACGGCAUCCCUGACCACGAGGCAGGCCCUUACCCGAACGACCAGGAUUCCAGCGUGAUCAUCGAGCAGGAUUUUGUGUAUUACAUUUUGAAAACGCCAGUGCAAGCGAGCGAAGUGACCGAGCUCCCUAUGGGGACCAUAGGCUUGGCUCUCAAUGGUGUCCCCUACUUUAACCCUUACACCCGUAUUGGGACCAACGCGGUGGAGAAUGAGCUAUUCGAUUCCUGCGACGGUCACCCAACUCCAGAGGCGGGAACAUACCACUACCACGACCAUCCCAGUUGCGUGUUCGAUUUAGAGAGCGGACUGCCGUCCGAGGUCGUUGGCGUCGCAUUGGACGGCUAUCCCAUCUACGGACCCAACGAUGAGAACGGCAAUGAACUAAUGACUGCGGACUUGGAUGACUGCCAUGGACGAUGGGUAAAUGGAAGCUACCAAUACCAUAUCACCCAAGACUUCCCCUACAUACUGGGCUGCUAUACAGGCGUGGUUGAUGAUCGAAAUAUGAUGGGGGGAGGUGGCGGUCCUCCUCCUAGACAGAAUCCCAGCGGCGAUCCUCCUGGACAGGAUCCCAGCGACAAUCCCAGCGGCAAUGCCAUGACAUUAACUUGCCGUGGUUAUGUACACCUGUUGCUUCUUGUCGUUAGUCUAUCCGUAUUGUUCUAGUAACGGCUGGCUUCUCGUGGAACUGAAGUGGUUCAAUUGACUGUGACGUAGGCCUUAAGUUGAGAAAUAGUCCUUUUUCGAUAAUCAGUAGUAACUUUUUCUUUAAGGUACCUGCUUUUGGGAAAGCUUUAUCUGGCUGUUCUCCAAGCUUAUUCGGACUAUCAGGUGACAGAUCACCGAAACAGGCAAUUCUUUAACAUUUGUGAAAUUAUGGAUAUCACUGGCAAGAAUCCAGGUGAACCAAAUUCUGGAGCUCCCUCCCUUUUCCGUCAUCCCCGCGGUUUACAUGAAACUAUUUCACGGAGAAAGAAUUGCAUCAAUUUCUGUCCUCCUCCGUCCUCUCCCUUUCUUAUAAUUCCUGUUCUGCCCCCUAUAGUAUUCGUAACUUAACUGCCCUCCAUGACUUCAAAGUUGCUCUAAAAAACCCAUCUCUUUCUAAACUGUG